UGCUGUCUACAAGGUCAGCGAUGUCACUUCUUCAGCUUGUUCUGUUAUAUAUAGAGGCAAGCCAUAGCCGGAUGGACACCAUUGCAACAGCUUCUCUUGUUUUCCACUUCUAGAGAAAAGCAAAGCAAUACAUCCACUACAGCCAUGGCUUGCCACCUGAGAUCAGCCAGUGUGCCUUCCAGUCCUCACUCCAAUGGCAUCGAUGUCGAAGAACAGCUCCAGAGCUUGAGAGCAACUAUCUCUUCAUCUUCUUCAACCAUUGGAACCAUAUGUGAUGGUUUGAGGAAGAUUGGAGAAGUGUACAACCACAUUGGUGAGAUUGCAAGCCUCCCGAGCAGCCAACUUAAACGGCAGAGGAAGGCAGUGGAGCAAGAGCUCGAGCGCUCACUUUCCGUGCUUGACCUUUGCAACGCCAUGCAAGGGAGCUUUGGAGAACUCAAGGAAAGCAUCCUGGACAUGCAGCUGGCUCUCAAGAGAGGAGAUGAUGCAGCUGUUCAGACCAAGAUCCAGUCCUACCUCCGUGUGGCAAAGAAGACACAAAAACUAUUCAAGCAGAUCAGCAAGAAGUCUGCUGCAGUUGAGCAGGAAAGCUCCAAGUUGAUCAAGAUGAUGUCUGAAGCCUGGGAGAUUGCUGCCUCGAUGCUGGAAUCUUCCUCGCAACUCUUGUCAAAGCAAGUUGCCAUACCAAGUUAUAGCAAGUGGUCUCUCGUCUCCAAGGCAUUCCAGAAGAGAAGAGCUGUGUGCGAGGUGGAGCAGUUGCAGGAGUUGGAGUUGGACAUUGUUGAUCUUGAGAGCGGAGUUGAGACUUUGUUCAGGAUAAUGAUCCAGAGCAGGGUUUCUCUUCUGAAUGCUCUUAGCCUGUAGGUCAUACACCAACUCAGUAGAUUCCUUGUGAUUAGCAUCCGCCUUUUAGAGGAUUGGCUAAUCAUUAAAACAAAAUUUUGAUGUAUAUAUGAGAAAAUGUACAUGAAUAUACUCGAUGGGAAAGCGUAA